CAGCUAUGGGUUUGUGCGGGAGGCGGUAUGUUAAAGUAAGGUAGGCUACUAAACCGGCUUCACACGCAUCCCUAAGAAGUUCACGGGAAGACUUCAAGUAUAGAAGAAGGGAGAAGAAAAUAAUAAAUGAGCAUUUCUUUCCAGAAAUAUAACUUUGUAGAGAGGCAAGUCUAGUUUACUCCUCGUGUAAGAGGACUAGUGUAUGAUCGCUGCACUAUUACAGUUCCCACUACAAGCUAGUUUUGUUUGGUUUUUUAACUUUUUUUAUAUAAACGUUACUAAUUGUGUAAAUGCAACGCUGCUUGAUAUAUGAAAAGAGCAUGGCACCAGAAUCCAGGAACGGAGGGCUUUCACUGAACAACAGCGGCAAGGACAACAGCAGGAGAAAGCUUCUGGUCGGAGUGGAUCUGUUCUGCUUGUUUCUAGCUGGCCUUCCUUUCCUGGUCAUCGAGACCAGCGCUGUGCAGCCGUACCGCCGCGGCUUUUACUGCAGCGACGCGUCCAUCAAGUACCCUGCCAAGAGCAAAGACACCAUCAGCGACGGCGUGCUUAGCGCCACCGGCAUUCUAAUCACCAUCCUGUCUAUCAUCGUGGGGGAGAGCUACCGGGUGCGCUUCCUGAACGAGGGCUCCAAGUCCUUCGUGGGGAACCCCUACAUCGCCGCGCUCUACCGGCAGGUGGGCGUGUUCGUGUUUGGCUGCGCCAUCAGCCAGUCCUUCACGGACAUAGCCAAGGUGUCCGUGGGCCGCCUGCGACCUCACUUCCUGGCCGUGUGUAACCCCGACUUCUCCACCAUCAACUGCUCGCUGGGGUACAUCACUGACUACCAGUGCCAAGGCCCUGAGAGCCGCGUGCAGGAGGCCAGGAAGUCCUUCUUCUCGGGACACGCCUCCUUCUCCAUGUACACCAUGCUGUACCUGGUGUUCUACCUGCAGGCCCGGUUCACCUGGCACGGUGCCCGCACCCUGCGCCCCCUGACCCAGUUCACCCUGGUCAUGCUGUCCUUCUACACCGGCCUGUCCCGGGUGUCCGACCACAAGCACCACCCCGGAGACGUCCUGGCGGGCUUCGUGCAGGGCGCCCUGGUGGCCUACUGCAUCGCCUUCUAUGUGUCAGACCUGUUCAAGCCCAAGGGCAGGCGUUCUACCAUCUGCCCGGCGCCCAUAAAGAAAGAUCUCCCUCCAGCGGACAUCAGGGAGCGCAGUAAUCACCUCAUCAUGGCAUAGGGUCGGGGGACCCUAACCGGACCUCUGACUCUCAACAACAAUCACUACUGCAUCCACUGAACCAAAUCGGAACAAUCAGGAUUCAUCAUCAACGUCUCACAUCCGAGAAGAAGACGAGUUAGUGGAGCUUCUGCCUUAUGUAUUUAGCCAAAACGCAACACUAUCUAAAUGUGAAACUAAAUGCUAAAGGCUAGCUAGCUUAUUGCUAAGUAAGAAAGAUGCCUGGACAGCUUCAAUAGCGAGACGAAAGCAAGCAUCCAGGGCUCUUCCUCGCUUCCUACCCCACUUGCCAACGACUCUCCACGAACUAAACAAAGAAACUGUGAAACAGAGGUGGGGAAUUGAGAGGAGUGGUGGCGCGACGGACGCCGUGAGAUGUUAACUGCUACCGUGCUUUGCUGUGUCCCAGAGUGGAAAACUCUGUCUGUUCACUCACCGCAAACCGGCUGGGACACAAACUAUUGACAACGGAACAAAUUCCUUAUUACAGGAAGGAUGUUUGAAUGGUAUUAGUUAUAUAUAUAUACCUAUAUAUAUA